UUUGCUAAAUGAAGGUUCUAACCCUAGUCCUAUUCACUGCCCUGGUUGCAGUGGCAGUUGGCCGGCCGAACGGCGGAUGGUUCAGCGGCAGUUGGGCCAGGAAGUUUGGCUGGGGCUCCGAAGACAACCAGACGGUCCAGGAACAGAAGUGGAAUGGUCAGCACCAGUGGAAUGGCCAUGGAAAUGGACAGGCCCAGGGUCAGUGGAAUGGCGGAAACGGUCACGGACAGUGGAACGGAAACAACCAUGGCCAUGGACAAUGGAACGGAAACAACCAUGGCCACGGACACGGAAACAACCAUGGUCACGGUCAUGGUCACGGCCACGGAGGUCCUCCACCACCGCCACCACCACCCCCAACAACCGACGUGCCCGAAGAUGAUAUUGCUUCCACAACUGAUGUGACCGAGGUUCCAGAAGAGUCUACCACCCAGGCACCAGAGGAAAUCACCACUGGCGCUGAGGAGGGAAGCGGUUCUACGGAAGAGACUACUUUGGCCCCUGAGGUUCCGGAAGAAUCCACCACCCAGGCCCCGGAGGAAAUUACCACUGACUCCGAAGACGGAAGCGGUUCGGAGGAAACCACUCAGGCUCCCGAAGAUCCAGAGGAGUCUACCACUCAGGCACCGGAAGAAACUACCACGGACUCCGAAGACGGCAGCGGUUCUACUGAAGAAACCACCCAGGCUCCCGAAGACCCGGAGGAGACUACCACCCAAGAACCGAAAGAAACCACCACCGAUUCCGAAGACGAUAGCGGCUCUUCUAAAGAAACGACUCAGGCUCCUGAGGCUCCAGAGGACUCCACCACCCAAGAACCUGAAGAAUCCACCACCGACUCUGAGGACGGCAGCGGCUCUUCUGAAGUAACCACUCUCGCUCCUGAAGAUCCAGAGGAUUCCACCACCCAGGAACCGGAAGAAUCCACCACCGACUCUGACGACGGCAGUGGUUCUUCUGAUGAUACCACACAAGCUCCUGAGGAUUCUACCACUCAGGAACCAGAAGAAUCCACGACCGACUCCGAAGACGGCAGCGGUUCUUCUGAUGACACCACACAGGGUCCUGAGGGUUCCACCACUCAGGAUCCGGAAGAAUCCACUACCGACUCCGAAGACGGCAGCGGUUCUUCUGAUGACACCACACAGGCUCCAGAGGAUUCCACCACUCAGGAACCGGAAGAAUCCACCACCGACCCCGAAGACUCUACCUCUCAGGCGACUGAAGAGCCCGAGGACUCCACGACUGAUUCUUCAGCGUAGGAAGCUCAUUUGUUAAUGCCAAAGGUUGCUGGGGCAUUUCCUCAAGUGUCGUUUGAAAACGAACUACGGUGCAAAUAUUAAACUGUUAUAACUAAAUUAUUAACCGUGUUUGCCACACAACCACGUGAACCCAUCCCUAGGAUUAAGACUGAGCCUCAUGAAGCAACACCGUGUUGUGCAGUCACGCAUUCGUCAUAUAGCUUUAUAGUUCUCACAAACCGAACAAUUAAAACCACCCAAAAACAACUCAAA